CGUCAUCGAGUUUUUAAUUUUUAUUUUCAACUCGCAUCUUGAAACAGUUUUGGUGUCGAUAAAUAAAUCGCGUUCGUAAAGAAUUAUCUUAAAUAACUAACGCCUACAGUUUAAUGAAAGAACUCUUCGUAAAGCUAAGCUUAGUCAUCGCGUGAAAGACAGUGAAAACGCUUUAAAAGUGUCGUAUUUGUCGACCGGGCACCCUAGGUUAUAGAUUCGUCAUCAAAUUAACGUAUGGGUACCUAAUGAAGCUACAUUCAUAUAAUAACGGAAGAAAUACGAAAUACAGUGCACAGUGCUAACAAAAGGAAGAAGACAAGGCAGCCGCUGGAACAAAAAUGGGUCUAAUAGUAUCUCGGUUUCGGAUUGACGAGGGAGAAUCUUUCGGAGACGAGCGUAAGAAAACGACGACGGAGAUCCUGGAGAAGUUGGAGAUCAACAUAAAGAGCAUAGAACAAGAUGGCGAGUACAAGGAGCAGAGCCACAAGCGCGUGAUCGGCUACGUCAUGGCGUACUCCGUGGGGCUGUACGUGCUGUUCGCGAUACUGUACUACUUCAUGUACGUGGGCCGCAGCCAGCACUGGCUGUACUCGCUCAUGCACGCGUCCCCGCUACUGGUGCUGCCGAUACUAGUGGUCUUCCUAAGAUCUGGCAUCUCCUGGUACUACAACUGGAUGCUGAACAAGAACAAACUGAAGCUGGCCAAGAUGAGGGCGGAAAAGAAGAAAAUUCUGGAAGAGGUUAUGAACACAGAGACUUACAAGGUGGCGAAGGAGAUCCUGGACAAGUACGGCAGCCCGGAGGAGCAGAGCAAAGCGCUGAAGCCGUUCGUGCCGUCAGUGAACGUGCCCGGUAAUUCCCCUAGCACGACGCCCCCAGCGACGCCGGGGCAGCUUCGACAGCGGCAGAUGGCGCUAGCGUCCUCCACGCCCGUCAGGAACAUGAAUCUGGUGCCUGUCAAUACUCCCACCGCGCUUUACAAGGGACCACGGUUACGGUCGGACCAGCUGCCGCGGCCGCUGGCGGAUCGGAACCGCUCGGCGCUGGACAAGGUGGUCGACUACCUGCUCAAGGACGGGCCCAGCCACCGCAUGGCGCUCAUAUGCAGCGAGUGCUUCUCGCAUAAUGGCAUGGCGAUGGAGGAGGAGUUCGAGUACGUGUCGUACGUGUGCGCGUACUGCGGGCGCAUGAACGCCGCGCGCAAGCAGCGCCCCGCCGCACCGCUGCUGUCGCCCCGCCCCCUGCCGCUCAUGCCGAGAAACGCCGCGGGAAGCGGCGACGAGUCGUCGGUGGCCAGCUCCGGCAGCGACAGCGAGGAAGACAAGAGAAACGAAGUCACGAAAUCAUGCGAAUCUGAAGGGGAUUCCCCUCGACCGACCCCCAUUCCCAACGGGGACGCGAAAACGGAACAAGAAAAAAAAGAAGACUGAAAUAAUUGUUGUUAUUAAUUUUUGGUUUUUUGUAACGCGAACAUCGAUAGUGGUUUAUUAAUGUUGUAUGUUUGUAAAUUAAUUUAUUAUGGGAGAGUUUAAAUGUUCUUUUAAAGUGUUACAAGGCUUUAAAUGAACGUGGACGGGGCGCUGCUGGUAAAGGACAACUGUCAAGUACAUGUAAAAAAUGGCGGUCUUGUAUGAUGUUAGCGUUAGUUCCUUUUUUCGCUACGUUCAUUUAAAGCCUUGUCGAGCUCUAAUGGAUAAACAAUAGGUACGUCAUACGAGUUAGUUAUUUUUUGACAAUUUCGAAUUUUUAUUCACGAAUGCGUGAAAGCAAUAAUGUUACAUUUUCGAUAAUAUUCUACAGAUUAAAUAAUAUUUUAACCUCGGAAAAACAAAUCUUUAAAAAAAUUCA